GCAGCCGCGAGCAAGGCUGCCAAGCGCAUCAAGACUGCGCGUGCCUGCGACUCGUGCCGUCGGAAAAAGAUUCGGUGCGAUGUCAUUGAUGACGGAUCGACACCGAUCGGCAAUCCGCAGAACGGCAACGGCGGCCUCACCUGCGCCCACUGCCGCCAGUACGGCUUUGAAUGCACCUUUUUCCUGCCCAUCACCGAGACGAGGUUCAAAAAGAAACGCGAAAAGGAAGCAGAAGAGGCCGCCGCUGCUGCUGCUGCCGCUGCAGCGGCGGCGGCAGCGGCGGCCCAGGGGGGAAGGAUGGGUCCGCCGUUUCGAGGAGGCGUGUUCCCUAACCAGGCACUACCACCGCCUCCUCCAGGGCUCAUGGCCGCGCCCUAUGGCGCGAACCCGGCCGCUGUUCGGCCGCCCUUUGCCACGCCUUCUUCAUUUGGACCUAUGCCCGGCCAGCGAGCCCAUCUCGAUGGCUCCCUGCCACCGCACGGCAGCGGCAAGAUCAGCUCGGCUCAGGACAAGGGCGCCGCCGCCGCUGCUGCUACUGGGCAGCGGACCUCGACGAGUCCGCCACCACCGCCCGAUACGCGCGUCCUGGGCCCCACCUCGAUCGCAUACAUUGUCCACUCGACGGCCUUUGUGCCCGGCGCAGCGAUCGAGGAGCACGAUCUCAAGCACCACCAGACCUUUGAGGUUGGCGCAUCCGGCGACGGCAUCAUCAAGUUCCACAAGCCACCCAAGGGCUCCGUCCCCUCGGACGGCGACGACGACGACAUGAUGGCCUCGGCAACCAUGCUCAAGGUGCCCGACUCGAUCCGUGGCCGCCUCGCCGGCGAUGUGGCCGAGAAGCUCGUCAACACCUACUUUGAAAAGAUUGGGCCCUUGUUCCCCGUCAUUACCAAGAGCGAGUUCCUCCAUCUCUCGCCGCCGCCGCCACUGCUGCUGUACGCCAUCUGUGGUGUAGCUGCGCUCAGCCGCGAGGUGCCAAAGGAGGUGCUGGGCGCGAUCAAGGUGACGCUCAACAGCCUCUUUCGCGACGUGGACCUGCUCAGCGACUCCAACAACCUCACCGUCAAGUCGCUCCUGAUCAUGAGCCUGCACAGCGACCUCCACGGCACCACUGCCGUCCAGAGCGGCUCCCGCUGCUGGAACAGGACUGGCGCCGCCAUUCGCAUGGCACAGGACCUCGGCCUGCACAGGGACGCCUCGGGCCGCGACGACGUCGACGACGACGCCUUUUUCCUCGAGCAGAAGCGCCGCAUCUGGGGCUGCUGCGUCACUGCCGACCGCACAAUGUCCAUCUCCCUCGGUCACCCCUUGGCCAUCGACCUGACCGACUGCGACGUCCGGCUGCCCUCGCCCCACGAGAUCCUCCGCUACCCCACCGACCUUCCAUCGGACCCAGGCAAAGAGCGUCCGUUUGGCUUCAACACCGAGAUGCUCAAGCUCAGUAUCCUCUUUGGCCGCGUCAUGAAGACCAUCUACAGCCCCACGGGCCUGAUGAAGACGACGGACCAGGACAUUGUCGGCCUCCUCAACGACAUUGACGCCUGGCGCGAGCAUCUGCCCGAAGACCUGCAGUUCAAGGGCGCCACCGAGUCGUCGCACGCCGCCGGCAUCCUCCACGUCUCGUUUGCCUGCCUUCUUCACCUCUUCUUCCGCGUCUUUAUGCGCAUCUCCUACAACUGCCCCACCCAUCUCUCGUUCUCGCUCACGAUUGAGCGCAUGACGAAUCUGAUUCGGUAUUCGCGCGAGGCCAUCGAGUGGGUCGACGGCAACGACUUCUACCUCGACACGCUCCAGUUUGUCUCCUACGGCCUCGUCUUUUGCGCCACUGUGCAGUACCACGCCUGGGUUCGUCGCGGUGAGCAGACGGCACUCACGACGCUGCAGCGGGCCAAGGACUGCGUCACCAGGUUCAAGCGCCAGGGCGAAGAGGACCGCAACGAGGAGCUGUCGAUGCGCGCAAAGACGGCCGAGGUCAUUACACUGCUCCACAAGGCCGCCUCGGGUGCUUACUCCAACAGCCCCAGCUCGGGCAACCUCAAUCCGACGGCAGGCGUCACCAAUCGCCGGACCGCAGAGACGGUCCGGGGCCUCGUCUUCCGGCCCGACGUCUCGAGGCCUGGGGGUGGCGUGUACGUGGCGACGAAGCCGAACCUGAUGCUCGACGACCUGCCGAGAGGCACCAUCAUCAUGCAGGAGACCGAGGCUGGCCGAGUGCCGACGCUCGUCAGGACGUCGCAGGACGGCCAAGGUGGCUGGCAGCCCAUUGCGCGAAGUGGCCUCGAUUCGGGUCCCAAGCCUUCGGGCGGCGGCAGCGGCGGCGCAGAGGUCGGUCCGCGCGACGAGACGCGAGGAAGCGCAAGUGGAGGAGCAGGCGCCCCUGUCGAUGGCAGCAUGCCCAACGGCGAUCUGACCUACGUUGCAGGCAACGUGUGGGCAGACGCCCAGGGCAGACCAGUCGACCGUCGUGGCUCGAAGCUCCUGACAAUGGUGCCCUUCCAGCCUGGCCAGAUGGAGAAGCAGCCGGACGGCACCUGGGCCCCGACGGGCGCUGCUGCCAAUGCUGUCCCUUCAUCGCUCCUCCAUCGCCUGUCCUUGAGCGGUGGCAAUGGCGGCGGAGGCGGCAGUGGUGAGGGUGGAGAAGCGGGCAACGACGACAGGCGUGUCUCGUUUUCGACGCUUGCCAAUUCGCUCUUCGAAGGCGGCAACAGCAUCGCCGUGCUCCCGCCCAACUUCACCUUUGGCGGCAACCCGUCGUCGUCAUCGUCGGCGGCCGCGGAUGGCAGCACGCCCUCGGGUCAGUUCUCUGGUCCGGGCGCGUCUACCUUUGGCACCGGCGCCUUUACGCCGUCGGCCAACCUCGGCGGCGGCAAUGGCCCUGCCUCUGGCUCGGCCGCUGGGCUGCAACAGCACGGGCUCAACGCCAACGGCGCGCUCGCGUCGGCGGCUGCUGGCUCGGGCCCCAGCCUCGUCGAUCCUCUCAUGAUCGACGGCAUGCCCGGUGGACCUCUGGACUUUGCCGCAUGGGAUCAGUGGUUC